ACAAUAAACCGAACGAAUGAAUUGAAGCUGUUUGCAAAUCGUGCAUGUCGCUUGCUGAAGGGAAAAGAAUGGGUCAUGGUAUCUAAUAAGUUAUGCAAUGAGCUUUGCUAAGCGCACGGGGCGGCUGGUACUCUCAUCUUCCUCGUACACACAUCCCACUCUGCCUUGCUUGCCGCAUCUCCGCCAAACAAUACGCCCGCCGCCGCCUCCUCCCUCUUCUAACCUCCGCAAGUACACACCAAUGGAACCCUGAACGAUGAACGAAACUCCCUCGAGAAUAUAGCUGGAUCUGACCAUUCCCACACUCAUUCCGCCAUGGUCGUCAAUCAAUCCAAUUUCAAGCGGGCAAUGCCCGCAGCGUCGCCGGCGGCGCCGCUGGCCUCUCUGCGCAGCGCGAAGCUCGUGGACGAGAAGGCCAUACUGCCAGCGGAGCUCAUCGCGACCAUUCUCGAUUACCUCCCCGUUCCAGAUAUGUUCAGAUUCGCACGCACGUCGAAACGCAUGCAAGAAAUGGUGUAUGACGAUACGCGAUGGAUACAGCGGCUGAAGGCCAUGGGCUGUUGGAACGACCAGGAGGCUCGACAGCGGUUCGACGAAGCUAUGAGGCGGAAGGUGGAGGCCCAGCGUUUGAAGGAGGCCGAGGACGCAAAGAAAACGGGUGUGGGUGUCAAUGGCGCCGAAGGCGAACGGAGCGUAAGCACGACAUUGUUCGAUGCAGGAUUCGAGGAGGAGAUGCAGAGGAAGUCUGUCGACCGGAAGGUUAGGCCCCGAGCCUCCACGCUGGAUAAGGGCUUCGAUGAUAUGACGCUGAGCUCACCGUCAAGUGCUGUUGCGGGCACAAGACCCUUCAGUCUGGAUCCGAAUUUGGCGUUGAAGGUGCUUUCGCGGGUACGAUCCAUCCGGGGGAUGGCAAGGCAGGAGUAUGGGAGAAUAUAUGGAGCGCUGGCGCCGUAUUACCUUGAUUUGGCGAGGUCUAGGAGCCAUGCCGAUCCAGUUCUGUUUCGAACGUAUCGAGAUCCAGAGCAGCAAGCUCACAUGCUGUCCCAGCUGAAGACAUUCGCCAAGAGCGAUUUUGCACAGGGCUGGAGCCAGAGAGAAGAGAAGCUAGACACGAUGAUCGGAGUGUUUGAAAACGCAGUAUUGCGGGAAUUCGAACAGGGAUACGAACAAAAGGAUUACGAUGGCAAGAUGAAGAGAUAUGCUCAUGUUCUUGUGAGCCUGAAUGGCGGCUCCGCUGGAAUUGAUUUCUACAUUCACAACCACCACUUGAUGACGGACAAGGAAAAGCUUGGAAACCCUGCUGACUGUCUGCGACAAGCUGGCUCAAGCGGCAUCACUCUCACUCCCUCCCAUGAAUACUUUCGAGGUCUUGCAAUUGCGCUAAAUGAGGAGGCCGCCAUCAUUGACCGUGUUUUCCCAUCGACCGUGGACGUCCUACUCCCCUUCCUUGAACGAGUAGGCGAGGAUAUCAUUUCCGAGUACAUCACAUUAUUGUUUGAUGAGGCACACGAUGCAAAUCUAGAAGCAUAUCUUAAAGCCGUUUCGGGGGUGUAUGAGCAAGCUCUUCAGCUGGCCGUUUCCCUUCACUCCACGAAAGGUUCGAAGGCCAAUUUCAAAGACGAGGCAAUGCGAAUCAUAUCGCAAUGUUUCGAGCCGCAUAUCGACCUGUAUCUCCAGGAAGAACUAGACUUCUUCAAGAACAAAUCGGCGGCAGAGGUUGAUGCGUGGGAGAAACGUUUGACCGAAGAAGAACAGUCGCAGGAGACGUUUUACAUGUCCAACAUCAACCGGCAAGCGGCAAAACGUGACUUCCUCACUUCUUUCAAGAAGGUUGUGAUGAUGCCAGUCAACGUGCUGCCCACGAUAGGCGGAUCUAGCUCAAGUAAGCCUACGACCAGCGUGCCUGCCAUAACUGGCGAUAAUUUAGCUGUCACACCAAGAUCUGGCACUCCAGUACCUGGUGAUGGAUCAGUCUCUCCAAGACUUCCAGAGGCUCCAACCAGUGAGUUGGCUGCCAAAGCGGCCAUCAUGAACUCGCGAUUAGAAGGGAUCCGUUCUCUCUUCAGUAUUGAGGUCGCUCUUAACUUGAUUCAUACCGCCAAGUCUAGCCUUGAGCGCGCCGCAAAGUUCGUGAGACUGGGGGAUCAGUCCGGCGAGGAGUCGAAAGAGCAAUGUGAAAACAUCUUCAUCAGUCUAUUGCAGAUUCUCGGAGGUCGACAUAUCAAACCAGGCUUUGACAAGGCGGUCAACCACCUGGCUGAGUACAAACCCCGAGAGGUAGCCGAUCAUAGCCAACAGGGCGUUGCGCCUCUGGUGGCCUUUCUUGAACUCGUGAAUGUUGGUGAUUUGAUCCAGCAGAUGGUGGAGGUGUUCUACCUGCAAGAACUGGUUGCUGCAAGUCUUACUGACCGGGACGACUUUCUCAGCCCCGCUUGCAAGGAGAAGAAGCGAUUCGAGCAAAUGCUCGAUGAGCGAGUCGCGGCAGGACUGAACAAGGGCAUAGAUGUGCUCAUGGAUGAGGUCGAGUACUUAUGUGGCGCCACUCAGGCACCCACAGAUUUCAACCCGAUCGGAGGGGCGAUAGAUAUCGGACCCAGUCAGACGGCUAAGAAGAUUGUGGACAUGGUCGCUUCUCAUACCAGUAUGUUGGUUGGUAGCACAGACAAAAAUGUGCUGGACGUUUUCAAUCAAGAGGUCGGAGUGCGACUGUUUACUGCGCUCUGCAAGCACCUAAAACGACAAAGAAUCAGCGUUGAUGGUGCUAUCAUGCUAAUCAGUGACAUGAAUGCGUACAAUGCGUACAUACAGUCGCUGCGGAACAAGUCGUUGUCGCAGUACUUUGCUGCGCUGAGGGAGCUGUCACAGAUCUAUCUGAUUGAUCCGAACCAUGCAAAGGAGAUUGCAACGAUCAUUGCAGACUCGGAUCGGUACCACGGCAUCUUCAGGGCGGAAGAGGUGUACGAGUAUGCGGAGCGCAGGGCUGAUUGGUAUCAGAUUAAGUCGGCUGUUGAGAAGCAGAUGUAUGGAGUUGGCUGCGUCAUGAUGUAGAUGAAUGUAUAACGAAACAUAACGAUACUAUACUGCCCCGUACGUGGGGAGUGUAUAAACUAUAGAUCUACAAACCACUGCCACUGCCACUGCC